AUGGCCUUCACUAAACAUGUUCUGUUCGUCUUUUUAACCUAUUGGCUUGUGCUUCAAAUUACUACUAGUUUUCUUGAAGCCGCUCCCGAAGCUUCACUCAUCAAAAGCCUUCCUGGAUUUAAUGGCACUUUUCCAUCAAAACAUUAUUCAGGGUAUGUGACACUGGAUACCAAACCCGCAAAGAAUCUAUUUUACUACUUCAUUGAAUCGGAGAGAAAUCCAACUAAGGAUCCGGUCGUGUUGUGGCUAAAUGGUGGACCUGGUUGCUCUAGUUUUGAUGGAUUUGUCUAUGAACAUGGACCCUUUAACUUUGAGAAAGGCAAAAACGAAGGGGAUCUACCAAUCUUGCAUCUUAAUCCCUUCAGCUGGUCUAAGGUCUCUAACAUUAUAUAUUUGGAUUCUCCAUCGGGAGUUGGCUUUUCAUACCCGAAAUUGGAAACUGGAGAUUUACAAACGGCUAAUGAUACUCAUGCUUUUCUUCUCAAGUGGUUUAAGUUAUAUCCGGAGUUUCAACCAAAUCAAUUUUACAUCACUGGGGAGUCUUAUGCUGGGAUUUACAUACCCACCCUUAUUGAUGCAAUUGACAAAGGUAAAGAAGUUGGGGUGAAACCUGGUAUCAAUCUGAAGGGUUAUAUGAUAGGAAACGGAGUUUGCGACGAUUACUAUGAUGGAGAUAAUGCCUUUGUUCCGUUUGCUCACGGCAUGGGCCUCAUUUCUGAAUCACUCUAUAAGGAAGCUUACAAAAUUUGCCGAGGGGACUUCGAAAACAAAGAUCGGGAAUGCCAAUUAAUCAUACGUGAACUUUAUAAUGUGACAUCUGGAUUGAACAUUUAUAAUAUACUAGAACCUUGCUACCAUGGCAAUGGCAAUUCGGUAGGAGCAAAGAAUAUGACAGGACUACCAGCAAGCUUUCGGGAGUUGGGAAAGACUAAUAAGCCAUUGCCAGUUAGAAACAGGAUGUUUGGUCGUGCAUGGCCGUAUCGUGCUCCCGUUAGGGAUGGAUUAGUUCCUACUUGGGCACAGUUGACCGAUUCACUCAAGCGCGACCGCAACUCCGUCGUCCCUUGCUAUAACGAUGAAGUGGCAACUAGAUAUCUGACCGACAAAGAUGUUAGAAAAGCACUUCAUGUUAGUCCGGAGGCAGAAGAAUGGAUUAUAUGCGCUGAUCCUUUCAGAUAUUACCAUAAUGCCGGAAGCAUGCUCCCUUACCACAAAAACCUUACUGCUAAGGGAUAUCGUACGCUCAUUUAUAGCGGUGAUCAUGACAUGUGUGUUCCAUUCACUGGAAGUGAAGCAUGGACUGCCUCUCUUGGUCUGAAAAUCGUAGACGAAUGGCGAUCUUGGGAGUCUGAUUCCCAAAUUGCAGGGCGACAGGUUUUGCCCGAGUACAAGCCAAGUGAGUCAUUGCACUUCUAUGAUAGCUGGCUUCAGAGGAACAAGAUUUAG